AUGUGGGGGCCUGAAAGAUCCGCAAUUGGAUUCAAGUUGGAUAGUCUUUUAAAGAUUACUGACACUUGUGCUUCUAACAAUAAGAUGACACUGAUGCACUAUCUUUGCAAGUUGGGAGCUCCUGAGAUUGUUCCAGAUUAUCCAAUUCUUUCUGUUGACGACCUAGCAGAUCAAAUAGCCGAGUUGUUCGUUUUGAGAAGGCAAUCUGACCCCAACAUUCUUUUUGUCUGCAGUCUUAGUGCAGUAAUGUGCAUAGGACUAGCUGCCGGGGCUUACAUUCUUACCUUAUUUGCUUAUAGACAACGUGUACUUGGUUUGAUACUUGUUUCACCUCUAUGCAAAGAACCAUCUUGGACUGAGUGGUUGUGCAACAAGGUCAUGUCAAAUUUACUCUAUUUUUGUGUUAGCUUAUACUUCUCACUGCUCCAGCUCUUCCGUGGCGACACUAUCCUCAUCAAGGGCAAGAAAAGGAGGGAUACUGUUUGCAUAGCUCUUGUUGAUGACACCUGUGAAGAGCCCAAGAUCAGGAUGAACAAAGUUGUGAGGUCGAAUUUGCGGGUUCGUCUUGGAGAUGUUGUGUCCGUGCACCAGUGCCCUGAUGUGAAGUAUGGGAAACGUGUGCACAUUCUGCCUAUUGAUGAUACCAUUGAAGGUGUCACUGGCAAUCUGUUUGAUGCUUUCUUGAAAUCUUACUUCUUGGAAGCUUAUCGUCCUGUCAGAAAAGGAGAUCUAUUUCUUGUCCGUGGAGGGAUGAGAAGUGUGGAGUUUAAGGUCAUUGAAACUGAUCCUGGGGAGUACUGUGUGGUUGCUCCAGAUACUGAAAUCUUCUGUGAGGGGGAGCCUUUGAAAAGAGAGGAUGAAGAGAGGCUGGAUAAAGUUGGAUAUGAUGAUGUGGGUGGAGUCAGGAAACAAAUGGCACAAAUUCGUGAGUUGGUAGAGCUUCCCUUGAGGCAUCCACAACUCUUUAAGUCAAUUGGUGUGAAACCACCCAAAGGUAUUCUACUUUAUGGACCCCCUGGUUUUGGGAAGACACUGAUAGCAAGAGCUGUUGCUAAUGAAACGGGAGCUUUCUUCUUUUGUAUAAAUGGACCGGAGAUUAUGUCCAAACUGGCAGGAGAGAGUGAAAGCAAUCUGAGGAAAGCAUUUGAAGAGGCUGAAAAGAAUGCACCAUCCAUCAUCUUCAUUGAUGAAAUUGAUUCUAUUGCACCCAAGAGGGAGAAGACACAUGGUGAAGUUGAAAGGAGGAUUCUUAUGGAUGGAUUGAAAUCUCAUGCUCAUGUUAUCGUUAUUGGAGCUACCAAUCGCCCAAACAGCAUUGACCCAGCAUUGAGAAGGUUCGGUAGAUUUGAUAGGAAAAUUGAUAUUGGUGUUCUUGAUGAAGUUGGCCGAUUUGAAGUUCUUCGUAUACACACUAAAAACAUGAAGCUCUCUGAUGAUGUAAGUUUCAUUGUCUCUUAACUUUGUUGGUGUCUAUACACUCUACCAGGUUGUGCAUGCCAUGCUGUGGCUCUGGUUGUAGGUUGUUCAUUAA